ACCAGACUACGGGCUAUGGCCGCCGCAGGGGGCGCCCGGCUGCUAAGCGCCUCCUCUGUGGCCCUCGGCGGCGCGGCCCGUCGGUGGCUGUUUCUCGCCGGAGCCUGCGCGAGAGCCCGCGGCCUCUCGGGAACCCGGGGCCCGGGCGGGAGCGCUGAGCCGGGCCUGGCCGGCGGCGCGGCGGCGAUCCGGACGCUGAGUGUGUCAGCACCGGCGCGGAGCGGCUCAGAAGAUAAAAUAACAGUCCACUUUUUAAACCGUGAUGGUGAAGUAUUAACAACCAAAGGAAAAGUCGGUGACUCUCUGCUAGAUGUUGUGAUUGAAAAUAAUCUAGAUAUUGAUGGUUUUGGUGCAUGUGAGGGAACGUUGGCUUGCUCUACUUGUCACCUCAUCUUUGAAAAGCACAUAUAUGAGAAGUUAGAAGCAAUCACUGAUGAGGAGAAUGACAUGCUUGAUCUGGCGUAUGGGCUAACAGACAGAUCCCGGUUGGGCUGCCAAAUCUGCUUGACAAAGUCUAUGGACAAUAUGACUGUUCAAGUACCUGAUGCCAUGGCUGAUGCCAGACAAUCCAUUGAUAUGGGCAAGAACUCCUAAACCAGAAUAAAUAGGAAUAUUUUCACAAAAAUUUACCUAUUUUUAUAAUUACUAUUCUUAAUGUAAUUGAGAACAUGGAUGAAUGGGUUUACUAUUAUGACUAGCUUUACUACUUUAAUUCACCUUGCAUAACUACUGAAUUUUGUAGGUCUCAAAGUAUGCAAUCUUUAUUUUGGUUAAAUUAUGAAAAGCAAAUCAAAUAUUAGAAAAUAGGUAAUAUGAUAAAAUACAUAUUUUACCUUGCUUAGCAAUUUGAGCAAAAUGUUUUCACAUAAAUCUUAAGCCUACUUGCCUAUAAAGUAGGUUAAGAAAGUUAUGAUUAUUCCUGUUAGAUGUGGGUGAAGGCAGAGACCCAGAAUGGCUCAUCUGGGGCCAAAAAGUGAAUUAAAAAAUCUGUACUGGAACCCACAUCUUGUUACUGCAAAUUAUAUGUUCAGAUUAAAAGCUGGAGAAAUUAUGAAUAUCUUAUUUAUAAUAAUAAUUAAAUGUGAAUGCAUAUGGAAAAAACUAAUCGCUUUGUGAACUGCUUAAUUUCAAAGACAGUUAUUACCUUAUAAGUAAAUAUUUCAAAAUUUUGAUUCAGUGAAAAAUAUGUCUGAGCACAAGCAAUAUAACCCUGUCAAAGGAGUUUGGUCUCAGUUCUGAAUAAACUGGAGAAGUAAACUAAAA